CAGGGUCUAGCAGGGUGAGGACGCUCGGGUGUCGGGGGAGGGGAGGAUUAGGGGAGGAUUAGGGGAGGCUGUUGAGAGUGAGAGUGAGGGAGCAGAGUAAUCCCUUCAGUAUAUAAGCAGAUUAGGAUAUAGGGAGGGAGGGGGAUAGGAAUCCCAGAUUGCAGGAAAAGUACAUGAAUUUGGGUGGGAGACCUUGAAGAGUCCUCUCUAUUCUCUGGGACUCUGAUGGAGAGGAAUGUGGGUAACAGGAAUGGAAGCUAAGGGGAUAGUAGAGAAACUGAGAGAAAGUUGCUGGAAGGGUUUGGGUGAGAUGUCAGGAAGCUGGCUUUUCUGUCAAGGGAUCUAGGCUGCCUGGAUUCCCAGGGGCCUUGAGGAGGCAUCCUGCCCUACAUGUGGCCGCAUUCAUCAGGGGCCAGUCCUUGGGCCAACACUUUAACAGGGAAGGACCCGGGAGUCCUGUCUUGGUGGCGUCUGGAUGGGCUUCCCCAAGGCCUUGCUGAGCCAUGGAGAGAACUCUGGAGAUUGGGCUCCCCGCCCCUGCACUGCACAUCUCUUUUCUCACCUCCGACCUGGAAUGACAGAGACUGUAGGAACUUAAAGAGGACGGGGAACAUAGAUGGCUGGACACAGAAUCUAGAGACUUCAAAUAAUGUGGAGAUGUUUCGACCUUCAGGUGCCUCUGGGCUCAUUCCUCCAUCCCACUUCCAAGCUCGGCCCCUUCCAACCGUGCCAAGAAUGGCUCCCACCUGGGUCUCAGACAUUCCUCUGGUCCAAACCCUGGCCCAUCAAGAUGUCUCAGAGAGGCGGCCAGACAACCAGAGAUCUCAAGCGAUCAUGUGGGAACAGGAUCUUUCUGGCAACGGACAGGAGCCAGGGUGGAGAGGCAGGUCCAUGGAGCUGCAGGGGUCACAGGCCCUGAGCCAGCAGGCUGAGUUGAUCUCUCGGCAGCUGCAAGAGCUGCGGCGGCUUGAGGAGGAGGUCCGGGCCCUGAGGGAGACCUCGCUGCAGCAGAAGAUGAGGCUGGAGGCCCAGGCCAUGGAGCUGGAGGCCCUGGCACGGGCAGAGAAGGCCGGCCGAACUGAGGCUGAGGGCCUGCGUGCCGCCUUGGCCGGGGCCGAGGUUGUCCGGAAGAACUUGGAAGAGGGGAGCCAGCGGGAGCUGGAGGAGGUUCAGAGACUGCACCAGGAGCAGCUCUCCUCCUUGACACAGGCUCACCAGGAGGCUCUUUCCAGUUUGUCCAAUAAAGCUGAGGGUUUGGAGAAGUCUCUGAAUAGUCUGGAAACCAGGAGGGCAGGGGAAGCCAAAGAGCUGGCUGUGGCCCAGAGGGAGGUUGAGUUGCUGCAGAAGCAGCUGAGCAAAACCCAAGAAGAGUUAGAGGUUCAGGUGACCUUGGCUGAGAAUCUAAAGAGAUAUGUGGGGGAACAAGUACCUCCCGAGGUCCAUAGCCAGACGUGGGAGUUGGAGCAACAGGAGCUUCUAGAAACUGUGCAGCACUUGCAGGAGGACCGGGACGGCUUGCACACGACAGCAGAGCUGCUGCAGGUGCGCGUGCAGAGCCUCACACACAUCCUCUCCAUGCAGGAGGAGGAGCUGGCCAGGAAGGUUCAACCUUCAGAUUCCCUGGAGCCUGAGUUCACCAGGAAGUGCCAGUCCCUGCUGAAAUGCUGGCGGGAGAAGGUGUUUGCCCUCAUGGUGCAGUUAAAGGCCCAGGAGCUAGAGCACAGAGCAUGUGUGGAGCAGCUGAAGGGACAGGUGGCAGAGCUCCAGGAAAGAACUGCCACCCAGAGCCAGGAGCAGGCUAUCCUGCAGCGCUCCCUGGAGGACAAAGCCGCAGAGGUAGAGGUGGAGCGGAUGGGCGCCAAGGCCCUGCAGUUGGAGCUGAGCCGUGCCCAGGAGGGUGGGCGCCGGCGGCAGCAGCAGACAGCCAUGGCUGAGGAGCAGCUGAAGCUUGUGGCCAAUGCUGUCAGCAGCUUUCAGACCUGGCUCCAGAGCACCAUGGCUGAGGUGGAGCGGGCUGCAGCCCGGCUGCCCAGCCUCAGCAGCCGAGCUAGCUAUGCCGUCCGCAAGGUCCACACCAUUCGGGGUCUGAUGGCUCGAAAACUGACCCUUGCUCAGCUGCGCCAGGAGAGCUGCCCCCCACCCCCACCGACCAUGGAUGUGAACCUUGAGUUGGAGCAGCUGCGGGAAGAACGGAAUCGCCUGGAUGCAGAAUUGCAGCUGAGUGCCCGCCUCAUCCAGCAGGAGGUGGGCCGCGCCCGGGAACAAGGGGAGGCGGAGCGGCAACAGCUGAGUGAGGUCACCCAGCAGCUGGAGCAGGAGCUACAGCGAACCCAGGAGUCCCUGGCCAGUGUGGGGCUGCAGCUGGAAGCGGCUCGCCAGGGUCAGCAGGAGAGCACAGAGGAGGCUGCCAGUCUGCGGCAGGAGCUGACCCAGCAGCAGGAGAUCUAUGGGCAAGCUCUGCAAGAGAAGGUGGCCGAAGUGGAAACCCGGCUGCGUGAACAGCUCUUGGAAACAGAAAAGAGACUAAAUGAGGCUCGGAGAGAGCAUGCCAAGGCCGUGGUCUCCCUGCACCAGAUCCAGCGCAAAGCCACCCGGGAAAAGGAGCGGAACCAGGAGCUAAGGCGCCUACAGGAUGAGGCCCAGAAGGAAGAGGGGUUGCGGCUGACCCAGCGCCUGCAGGAGCUAGAGAGGGACAAGAACCUCAUGCUUGCCACCUUGCAGCAGGAGGGUCUCCUCUUCCGUUACAAGCAGCAGCGACUGUUGGCAGUUCUUCCUUCCCUACUGGAUAAGGGGAAAUCUGUUGAGUCCAGCCCCAGGCCUUCAGGGUCUUCAGCACCUUUACCUCCAGCAGCAGCACUCUCCAGGGAGUCCAUAAAAGGAUCCCUCUCUGUCCUGCUCGAUGACCUGCAGGGUCUGAGUGAGGCCAUUUCCAAAGAGGAAGCUAUUUCUCAAGGAGACAAUCCAAACUCUCCUGCUCCCACCUGCCAUUGAGCAGCUGGGAGCUUGGAGCAGCCGGGAGCUUGGAGCAGCCAGGAGCUCAAGGGGGACCCAGGAGGGCCAGGAAGAUUGUGGAGAAGUGGGGUGGGGUUUGGGGAUACCAGCCCAGCCCUCUUCCUCAUCCACGUGCCCUGGGAGACACUAUCCACCAAGAUGUCUGUGAAUUCUGUGGUUUAAUAAAGAUGGUGACAGUAGGA